AUGGCUGCCAUUUUUACCAACAAGACCCUGAUUGUGAACAACAAGGACAAGGAUAAGUUGGAGCUGGAACGAGAGCUCACCCGAGCAUUGGAGAACAAGGUUAUGCUGCUGUAUUUUGGCUCUGGUGAAUGUCUUCGAUGCCAAGAGUUUGCACCCAUCCUGAAAGAAUUUUUUGUGAGGCUCACAGAUGAAUUUUACGUGGAGAGAGCAUCCCAGCUGGUCCUGGUCUUUGUCUCACUGGAUGAGACUGAGGAGAAGCAAGACAAGUUUCUGAAGACCAUGCCCAAGAGAUGGUUGUUUUUGCCCUUCCAGGAUGAAUUCAGGAGGGAACUGGAAUUGAGAUUUUCUGUGACAAACCCCCCAGUGGUGGUGGUGUUGAAGCCAAAUGGAGAAGUCAUUGCUGCAAAUGCAGUGGAGGAGAUUAAGCAGGUGGGCCCUGCUUGCUUCAGGAACUGGCAGGAGGCAGCUGACCUAGUGGAGAGGAACUUCCUCCUGGCCCAGGACUUUGACAACGUAGCUCUGAGGAGCAUCAUGGAUCCCAUCCGCCGGCUCAAAUAUAAGGUUGCAAACAACAAAAGCAGAAAGAGAAGCAAAGAUGACAACGAAGAAGAAGUGUUCUCCUGACAGGACAUUUCUUCCCAUGGUAGCUUUGUUGUAGGUGAGCUUAAUUCUUCCCAACCCAUGGCCUGUGUGCAGGAUAAUGAUUGUUGCCUACAAGCACAGAAAUUGUUGCUGAGCACAGAUUUCAGGCUUCUGAAAAUCUAAGUG